AUGACGGUCCAACGAACGCGUCCUGGGUCAGGCGCGUCGCCUUCACAAUUCGCGACGGUCGAAACUCGCGUAGGGCAGUCGACGGAGAUUUGGGCGAGGGACCUGACGGCGUUGUUUGGGCAUGCAAAGGAGAGGUUUGGGGAUGUCAGCUGGGAGACGGAGAAUGGAGGGGAUCGGAUAUGGGGACAUAAGGCGGUCAUUUACGCUCGGGCGCCAAAAGCAUUCAAGGACCGAUACUUUCUCACUCGGCCCUUCUCGCGCUCGCCCACCCUACGCUCCCCUUCCCCUUCCUCUUCGCAUCUCCUUCCGCCGCUCUUCUCGUCCCGGCCCAAUUCGCCGCCGUCAUCCUUUCGCGCCCCGAGCUCUCUGUCCGUUCAGACCGCGUACUCAGAUGCCACCCUCCGCGGUGGACCCAGUACCGGCUCUGACGGGGUCAUGCGGCUCACCCACGGCGACACGCCCGAGCUUUUCCAAGCGCAGCUGGAAUGGCUAUAUACCGGCGAAGGGUUCGGGGACGUUGUCGAGUGGAUAUCGGAGGAUGAGGGUGUCGUAGCUGGCGGGUCUAUCCGAGACUCGCUAGGCCGAAGGGGGAACCAGGACGAGCGGCGCGAUCGGCUCGGCCAGGACUUGACGUACAUGUGGCGAUCCAAGCUAUAUGUCGACGUCCGGAUACACCUCGAUACUGCCCUCUCGGACGACGGUGGCGGUAGUUCUGACUCGGACGAAUCGACCGACUCUCUUUCGUCCACCGCGGUAUUCGCAGCACACCGGUUCAUUCUCGUUUCGCGGUCCCCGUACUUUGCUGCUCUCCUCCUCAAUACCUCGUCAUUCCUCUCUCCGUCGCUCCCGAACGGGACGGUCGAUAUCCACCUCACUACCCCGCCCUUCACACCCGCAUCCCUCCAUUUCUGCCUCGGGUACAUCUACGCCGGCCACCUCGAUUUCUCAAAUCGGACGUUCGACCUUACCACCGCGUUCCAGAUCUACAGGGCGGCGGCGUACCUCCAGCUCGAUAGCCUCAUUGAGGAAGUCACAGCUCGGAUCGUCUGGGACUUUUGUCACGGUCUCGACUAUGCGCGGUGUCAUUGCAAACGGUGCGUCGUACGGGUGGCCCGGGUCUGGCGAUUUGGUCUAGAAGAGGAUGUAGGGAAUGUCGCCCUGGCUCAGGCGGCAAGGCGGUACCUGGUUGCAGGGUGGGGGGGGAGUUGGGGACGCGAGGUCGGACUUGCUCCCCCAGACCAACAGCAGGACCUUGUCCAAGCUGUGAAAUCAUCCAUCAAUCCCAAGAACAUCAUCUCGGCCUUCCGCUCGGUCAGCCAGCUCAAAGCAAGGAUGGAAGCUGCCAUCCGGUCAAAAGGGAGCGCGGCGGCUGCGUGGGUGGAAGGACUAGAGAAGAUGGUGGAUGAUGUGGAAGAGUUCGUGCGGGAGAUGCUAGUGGACAGCUUUGGAGCGGUGGCGGAGGGGACGGAAUUGUGGGAGCUGCUGGACGGGAAAGGGUUCAGUGCGGAUCUGGUAGAGGGGGUGAUGAAGGAUUUAGUGGACUGUGUGGCGACGGCCAAGAAGUGCGUCGAGGCGCCGAGGGUGUACCAGGCUCUUGUGUCGUCCAUUCUGCUCAGGAGUAAUCCCGAAACGAUGCAGACGGCUCUGCCCCUCCGUUCGAGAGGGCGGCAGCUGGUCGAGAGCGCCAAAGAUGGGGUGGUGGCUCACAUGCGGAGACGGUGGAUGCAGAUCCGGGAGACGGGGGGCUUCUUGGGCUUGGAGAAUUGGGCAAUGAAGGAGAUCGCCGAUGGUAUGUCUACUCGGCUGGACUCGGCCGCUUCCGUUGCGUCGGCUCGGUCGCGCACGACUUCAGUCGCGACUACUGCUUCGGUAGCUGGUCGAAGCAGACCCAUCUCCACUGCUAGCACGCUCCGGAAUGCGCCUCCUCUUCCAACGACCUCUCCGCCUGUUCCGCUCAGACCACGGAACCCCUCCGUAGCCACGACAUCCGUGGCGAUGCCUCGGACGGCCCGGAAAGUCAGUUCGGGGAGUAUCCGAUCUACCAUGUCGACUCGGCUCCCUUCAUCUGGUCAUCCGGCGUCUGCAUUUGACCCGCCGCGUCGGCCGGACCCGCCGGCGAAACUGGAGGAGCUGGAGAUAAGGGAUGGGACUCGGCCAUUCAAGGGUCGAGGUGUGAGCUUGCGGGUGGGGAUACCGUGUAUUGUUUCUCUGGAGGGCAGGCGGGCGCGUUUCCGAGCCCAGGUCAAGUAUAUUGGCUACCUCAGCAAUGCAAAAGGACCUUGGGUCGGAAUCGAGGCGGAAGACCUAGACCGUUUCGGUGUCGAUACUCUCCCCGCGGGCAGUCAAGCCGGGGUCCACUAUUUUCAUCUGACACAUACGGACCCGGUGCAGACUGAGCAGGACGCAGGGGCGGAGGCGGAGUAUGAGAUCAGGGCGGCGAGGCAGCGGAAAAUCGAUAGUAUAAGGGAGGAAAUCAGGAAGGCGGGUGGGAAGGCUCACAGCGCCGCUGCAGGCGCGGGUGUUGGGCUGGGUUUGGGUCUAGGCGGGGGUCUCGGAGGGGGUAUUGUGGGUGGAGGGGGAUCGGGGGGACUGGGAGGGAUGGGAGGGGAAAGAGGGUCAGGGAGAGGAUCUAAACGGAGUGCGAGCCCCUUUGUUAGUCCUGCUCAGGGCCAGGGGGAGUGGGUUGGCAAAGAGGGGCUGAGGGCGCUUUUUGUCAGGCCGAGCGAGGUGGUUUAUGUCGUUGGGGCGGAGUAG